GUACCUAUUGACUAUUUAAAAUUUAGAUAGCUAUAAAUAUUGUAAUUGGCAUAUAAAUUAUAAUUGCGUGAUUCGUCAUACGGAUUAUGUGAAAUGUGAGAUGUGAGACAGUAGCAAUGACCACCAAGCAAAGUUCCGUUGAAUUUAAUAGUAAAUUGUGCUGAUAAUAUUUUUUUUAACUGUUACGAGUUUUAAACUACAUAUUUGAUUAGAUGAAUUAUUUUUCUAAUAUGAAUUUUGAAUUAAAUCGUGAAUCUAUAGUUCCUAUCUUACUAAUAAUAUCAGCUAUGUGACUGACUUUAUAAUAAAAAGUACUUAUUUGUUAGAUCGCACUAUACUAGUGAUCGUGAUGGCGUUUGGUAUCGUUGAUUAUAUUGUGUUUGCAAUAAUGUUGGUAAUGUCGGCUUCAAUAGGCAUAUACUAUAGAUUUACCGGUGGCAAACAAAAAACAACACAAGAAUACAUGCUGGGUAAUAAAAAUCAAGGCGUUGUACCAGUUGCGUUUUCAUUGAUGGCCAGUUUUAUGUCUGCUAUAACAUUAUUUGGCGUGAGUUCAGAGAACUAUUACCAUGGUACACAAUUUGUUGCUAUAAAUUUAUCAUAUGUCUUGGGAACUCCAAUAAUUGCCUACAUAUUUUUACCUGUAUUCUUCAAACUUGGAAAUUUAUCUGUUUAUGAAUAUUUAGAAAAAAGAUUUGGUCGAUUAACAAGGACUUUUACAUCUAUGGCAUUUAGUAUGCAAAUGAUACUUUAUAUGUCAAUAGUGUUAUAUGCCCCGUCAUUGGCUUUAGGAGCUAUAACUGGAUUAUCUUUAACCUCUUCUAUUAUACUAGUGGGUUUAGUAUGUGUAUUUUAUUCAACAAUUGGAGGAAUUAAAGCAGUCAUUAUUACAGACGUAUUUCAAUCAUUACUUAUGUUUGCUUCAAUAUUUGCUGUAAUUGGAGUUGCUAUUUAUGAAACUGGUGGAAUAUCACAAAUUUGGAAGAUUGCUGAUAAAUAUGGACGAAUUGAAUUUAAUAAUUUUAAUAUAGAUCCCACAGAAAGACAUAGUUGGUUUAGUCUGGUGAUUGGUGGUAUGUUUACCUAUGUUUCACUGUAUGCAAUUAAUCAAACACAAGUACAAAGGUAUUUAACUAUGAAAGACUAUAAUACAGCUGUAAAAUCUUUGUGGUGUAGCUUACCCCUUUUGUCAUUGCUAUCUAUUUCAACAAGUUUUUCGGGGUUGGCAAUGUUUUCAAAAUACCAUGACUGUGAUCCUAUCAAGUCUGGUCGUAUAUCACGUGGAGAUCAGUUGAUGCCUUUGUAUGUAUCAGAUACUAUGGGAUCAGUUCCAGGAUUGACUGGAUUAUUUGUUGCUGGUAUAUUCUCAGCUGCAUUAAGUUCUGUUUCGCCGGUGCUUAACUCUUUAGCUGCAGUUACAAUGGAAGAUUAUCUUAAGCCUUUUAUGAAACAAGAAAUUUCAGAUAAAAAACGAGUAUUUUAUAUGAAAAUAUUAGUCCUUACCUAUGGCGCAAUUUGUUUGCUAUUAGCUUUUUUGAGUCAAUAUUUGGGAUCAAUACUUCAAACUUCAUUGGUUAUAUUUGGAGUGAUUGGUGGACCAGUAUUAGCAGUAUUUACAAUGGGAAUACUAUUACCUCAUGUCAACCAAAAAGGUUCAUUGAGUGGGCUUGUAAUCGGCUUAUUAUUUUCAUUUUCAAUUGGGUUUGGUAGACCUAAAGAUAAAAAUUUGCCAACAUACAUAGAUGGAUGUCCAGGGCUAAAUAAAACUCUUCAGCUAUCUUCCUCGUUAUAUAAUGAGUUACCAAAUGACAAUCAUCAUUAUUAUUAUUGGUAUCGCAUUAGUUAUUUGUACACAAUAGUCCUUGGUUUUAUGGUAACAUUCUUAAUUGCACUUGUGGUGAGUUCAAUUUUCAAAGAAGAGCAUUGUAAUAAUCCAGAUUUGUUUACACCAUUUGUUGCCAAACGUUUAAGAAAACGUGGAUUAUUAUUGAAAAAAAAAUUUGUCAAAAUGGAUAUAAGUAGUCCAGAUGAGUUAAAUCAUAUAUUAAGAUAAGAUGGAUUUGUUACUAUAUUUUUUUUUCAUUAUACAUUGUUGAAGAUCUUUUUACAUUUA